AGGGACCGAGUCCUAAACACGGGAGUCCAAGCAGAGUGGGGCAGGCGGAGGGAGCGAGGAGGCAAAGACGACUGGGGCGGGAGCGGGCAGCGCCGCCCGGGAGCCCGCAGCAGGCCGGGGCGGCCGGGCGGUGGGGUCCUGAGAGUGCGGCCUGUGAUCUGGGACCGGGCGUGGUGCGGCCCCGGUGCGUGGCCGGAGUGGAAUGGGAGCCGCUGCAGGGCUUUGGGCGGAGAAGUGACGUCGUGGGACUUUUUAGCGGGCUUCUGACAAGUGCUUGGUGCCCGUGUCCUCGUGGAUGAAGACCGUGUUGGAGUAGCUCAAAGGUUCAGUGUGGUGAUUUUCCUCACCUGUUAGUAUAUGGACCAUCAGGUGCUGGCAAAAAGACAAGAAUCAUGUGCAUUCUACGUGAACUUUAUGGUGCUGGAGUGGAGAAAUUGAGAAUCGAACAUCAGACUAUCACUACUCCAUCUAAAAAGAAAAUUGAAAUCAGCACCAUUGCAAGUAAUUACCAUCUUGAAGUUAAUCCCAGUGAUGCUGGAAAUAGUGACCGGGUAGUAAUUCAAGAAAUGCUGAAAACAGUGGCACAGUCACAGCAACUUGAAACAAGCUCCCAAAGAGAUUUUAAAGUGGUGUUAUUGACAGAAGUUGACAAACUCACCAAAGAUGCUCAACAUGCCUUGCGCAGAACCAUGGAAAAAUACAUGUCUACCUGCAGGUUGAUCUUGUGUUGCAAUUCUACAUCUAAAGUGAUACCACCCAUUCGUAGUCGGUGCCUGGCAGUUCGAGUGCCUGCUCCUAGCAUUGAAGAGAUUUGCCAUGUGUUAACUACUGUGUGCAAGAAGGAAGGUCUGAACCUUCCUUCCCAGUUGGCUCAUAGACUGGCAGAGAAGUCCCGCAGAAAUCUCAGAAAAGCCCUGCUAAUGUGCGAAGCCUGCAGAGUGCAGCAAUAUCCUUUCACUGCAGAUCAGGAAAUCCCAGAGACAGAUUGGGAGGUGUAUCUGAGGGAGACUGCAAAUGCUAUUGUCAGUCAGCAAACUCCACAAAGGCUCCUUGAAGUUCGUGGAAGGCUCUAUGAGCUUCUAACACAUUGCAUUCCUCCUGAGAUAAUAAUGAAGGGCCUUCUCUCGGAACUUUUGCAUAAUUGUGAUGGACAACUGAAAGGGGAAGUGGCCCAGAUGGCAGCUUAUUAUGAACAUCGUCUCCAGCUGGGCAGUAAGGCCAUUUAUCAUUUGGAAGCAUUUGUGGCCAAAUUUAUGGCACUUUAUAAGAAGUUUAUGGAGGAUGGAUUGGAAGGCAUGAUGUUCUGAAUUCUCUCGGUAGUUCUCGCAGCUAUUUCUCAGUGUCAGCAUUUACAUGCCGUUUGUAUGGGGAUAGCCCCAGGUAAAAUAAAAUAACUUUACUUAA